AUGGAGGACUUCUACUACUUCCCCAGCUCCCUGGAGACCUCUGAAAUUGUCCACAGAGGGUUCCUCCCCGUCGUGCACUCCUCCCCCCGCAACCGGAGCUCGCUGUCGCCGAGGCCCCGGCGCGGGUCCCGUGACGACGCCGGCGAGCUCGGCCACCACUACCUCGACGCCUGCUUCCGGUGCGGGCGGACAAUCGCUGGAAACAAGGACAUCUUCAUGUACAGAGGCGACACCCCGUUCUGCAGCGAGGAGUGCCGGCAGCAGCAGAUCGACACCGACGAGGCGGCGGAGAAGAGAUCCAAGAAGUCCGCGGCCGCGACGACGACGGAGCAGCAGUCGCAGCGGCAGAGCCCGCACAGAGUGCCCGUCUGGGCUCGGUAG